AUGACCUCCCUGCUCCUUAUCCACAGUCUCUACUCCUUGAUCGCUGCGAGAGACGACAGUGCCAACGACAACAUCGCCUUGAGCGUGCUGGCGAGUCGCGAUACCAAAAGAGAAGCCCUGGGCACCUCUCUAUUCGUGAUACUCAUCAUCAUCAACAUUUGCAUCUUCGUACCCGUUAUCUUCGUGGUCACAUACACCCUUCAUGAAGUAUUUCCGACUUUAGCAAUUGUUGAGUCCGCGGAUGUUGCUCCAGAAUAUGAAUUUGUCAACGCGGAUGAGGCUCACGAUGAAGAUGACGAUUCCGACCAUCUCGACUCUGGCAACGAUAUUAAACGUCCUUCUGCUGUCCCCGACAUUCCUAGUGACGGACAAGAGCCAUCAUCAAGCCAGUUGCCAGAUGAGACAGCAGGCAUUCCUGCGAGACCUUCGAGCCCGGUAACGUGUGAUAUCAGAGCCACUUUCAGACUCCUACGCGCUGCUUGUGGCGGAUCCUACCGGAGUGGUCUAGCCAGAGGCUUUAAAUGGAAACUUUGCAUCGGCUUCACCCAAUUCAUGAUAAUCGUGGUUCUCAUCUCAAUCCCAUACAUUCCAACCUUCGUCAUCUCCAUAAUCGCCUCUCUCGCUACGACGCAGCUGGCAACAGGCUGGGUGCACGCUGUGGUAUCGAAACAACAGAACUCAUUGCUGUGGCAGAAUCUGCCCCGGUAUUGGUUGGUACUAAAAGCCACCGCUAUCCCAAUCAUCGCGAAAGCCGCGAUUACGCAGCUCAUCAGAGGCUUUGUGCAUCUCUUUCUCGGCCCUAGGACCGGCAGUGCUGAUCCUAUCGGUCUUGUUCCUGCUUACAGUGGGGGCUUCUGGCUGCAUAUCCUGGUGCUGGGACUCAUCUUCGUAAUUUACAUCGUCGCCUUUCUCCCUAUCGAGGUCAUUUUGACUCGAACACGCGCUAGCAGUAAGAUAUCUCCUCCAUUCAUGUUGGGACCCUUCCGCGCCUUGCUCCCCAAUGAGACGAACACGUUGGUCCCACUUGACGUCUCCAUCCAGUCGCACGAUCCUGAUGGGAUGGGGUUCUGGUCGUGGCAGUACUCUUGGGAGAAACUGUCCCGUGCCUCUUGGAUUCGGAUCGCAAAAGUCUACGGCAAGGUUUUCGCAAUCACUGUCGCCGUCCACACCUUUACCUUUUUGUUUAUUGGGCUCCAGAUGUUGAUCGUUUCUCUUUUGGGGGGGUCUUUUGUGGGGGGGUCUUUUCAAAUGAAGGAAAGCGCAUGA